CAUUUGUCGGCUUUUUUUGUUGUUAGAGAUGCGUAAAUACCAGCAACUUUUGUUAUUGUUGAUAUCUAUAAUUAGUAUAAUUAUACUUGUUGUAUAUAGAAACGAAAAUAAUCGUUUAAAAUACGUACUACAAGUUGUUAACUUUUUUGGCAGAAACGAUGAAAUUGAAUUGAGAGAACAAAAACUAGUGAAUUUAACAAAUGAUAAUACAUUUAAUAAACCAUUACCAUUAUGGCAAGUGAUUGGCAACAACUUUUAUGCAUACAGUGCAUAUUGGAAUAAAAAUGAACUUACGCCUGGUGGAGAAGCAAUUGCUAUUGUUACUGGAAAACGUGACGCAAUAGUUAAUUUUCGUUGUGAGGCCGAAUACGAUGAAGGUGCACGUAAUAUAUUAGGAAAAUUUCAUUUUCAACGUCACGGAGUUGAGAGAGAAAAUGUUAAUUUUAUAAACUACAAAUUCUAUUGUCGUUUUAGUCGCGAUUUUGGCAUACCACAAAGAAUCGCAUUUACCGAUAUAAACACAAAUAUAAAAACUAAUUACAAAUUAAGGUUACGGCAUUUGAAAAAGUCUGCAAAUGAAGUAACCACAUUGCAGCAGUCUGCGAUUUGUGUAAAUCUUAUCAAUUAUGAUAUGACAACGUAUUUUUCAAAAAGUACAGCAAAUUUAUUACAAUUUUUCCUGCAUCAUCAUAUAGCACUCUCUGCGCCGGCAUUUAUUGUCUAUAAUAGUGACGAAUUAAGUGCGAGUAUUAUUUCAACGUUGCAAAGUUAUGGUAUCCGUUUAUAUCUCGUACCGUAUAAUUUUCCAUUCUCUCUAAAUAAUGCUUCUGCUAGUACACGUGAAAUAGUAGAAGCGGAUUGUCUUCUAAGAAAUUAUCAAUUGUCCCAGCACACGCUUAUACUAAAUAUUAACGAAUUUUUUUUCCCUAACACAAAACUUGGAGACAAUUCAGUUUUUCGUUCAAUGCAUCAUUAUGAAAAUGAAAUCACCCGAUUUGAGUUACCAACGUUUGCAGUUUGUAUUGGUGAUAAAAACAAAGUGCUCGUAGAAAAUAAACUAUAUGAUCCUGAAGUGCAUACACCCAAUAAAAUCUACUUAUACAGAAAUUCUGUGCAACAAGUGUCAUUUGAAUCAACUCGUAGCGUGUCUUUGCCAGUAUCAACAGCACUUUUGCAUCAUUAUAUCGUAUGUACGAAUGUGGGCAAGGAUGGUCUGCAUGACUGGCGGAAUUCUGUACGUGAGGAUUUCAUGCAAAAUAUAAAUACAUUUACAGAAAAAAUGCGCAUUAUGCUAAAAGGAUAUUAGAUCUAAUUAUAAACCUUUCACUAUUUGCCUUUGAUAUGCCAAAUUUAAAUUUUUUUAUAAAAUAAAAAUUUAACUAUAUUAAGUCC